AUGUCUUCUACGUCAGGUUAUGACUUGGGUUCAUCAACACUUCCAUCUGGUAACAUCUCAUCCUCGGCAUAUUCGCGAGCGCAGCUAGGAUCAGCAGGUCGCUUGCUCGAAAGCAAAGGAUUUGGUUGGCUUUUGGAAGUAGAGGAUGAAGACGAUACUCAGACACCAUUAUUAGAAGAACUUGACAUCGAUCUGACGGACAUAUACUACAAAGUUCGCUGUAUUCUUCUUCCUUUACCAUAUUUCCGAAUGAAGCUCAACAUAGUCCGUGAAUCGCCAGAUUUUUGGGGCCCCCUAAUGGUAGUGAUCGCCUACGCGUUGCUGUCCAUAUAUGGCCAGUUUAGUGUAAGUUCGGUAUGCUUAUUCGAUUAUUAG